UGGGCUCCCGGUGGCCUCUCGAAUGGCCCCAGAAUCACCGACUCCACAACCCGCUCCAUGGCCUCAGCGCUGAUCAGGAGAGACAUCGGCGGAACCUACACUGAGCUGGCUGAAGAUGAAGCAGAAAGAGCAAAUAUCAGCCCGGAGAUCAGGAAUGAGCCCGAUGUGGAGCAGGAAGAUGCCAACGGAGGAGUAUUCAGAGAUGACGUGAGUUCUGCCAGUCACUCUUCAAUCUUCGGUAAAGCCUGUCUGAAAAAUACGUUUGCCGUGAUCCUCAUCUUCAUCUAUCUGCUGCUGAUGUCUGUGGCGGUAUUCCUGGCCUAUCAGACAAUCACAGACUUCAGGGAGAAGCUCAAACACCCGGUCAUGUCCGUCUCCUACCAGGAAGUUGUGACGUUCGAUGCUCCGGGCAUAGCACUGUACCUAGCUAAGGCAGAGGUCCUCAGUUGUAAGCACUAUUACCAUGAUCACAUCCAGCCACUGGCUCAUCCAAGCCAGCGAGGAGCAACAGACUGUGUUACGGAACACGUCAACUACACCGAUCCUUUCAGCAACAAAACCAUGAAAUACGCUCUGGUCGUCCGUGGCCCACGAGACGUGAGGAAGAGGGAGGUUGUCUUCUUGCAGUUUCGCCUGAAUGAAACGGAACAAGACUUUAGUGCCAUCGACUAUCUUUUGUUCUCAUCAUUCGAGGAAUUUCAAGAGAGUCCUGACAAAGUGCUGUUCAUGAAGAACUGCGAACUCUCCUAUUCCAUCUGGACCUUUUCCGGUGGUUUUCGGACUUGGGUCAAAAUGUCUCUCGUAAAAACCACUGAAGAAGAUGGAAGUCAAUCAGUGGAAUUCAGACAAGAGUCCAGUGUCGUGAAAUACAACGACCGGAGGCCCACUGCUGAACGGACUGACCAGUUGUUCUUUGUUGUGUUUGAGUGGAAGGACCCUUUCAUUCAGGAAGUCCGAGAUAUAGUCACGGCUAACCAGUGGAACACGAUUGCCAUCCUCUGUGGCGUCUUCUUGGCUUUGUUCAAGGCAGCAGAGUUCGCAAAACUCAGCGUCAAGUGGAUGAUCAAAAUAAAAAGGCGACAGCAAAAGAUAAAGACUCAGGAACUCAACCAGAUGAGUUGAACAGGGGAACAAAUUUCAAUUCCUUUUAGGAAGCAGUUUUAUACUACUCCUAACCCUUCACUUAGCUGUUAACCCUUUGGUGUGGAUGAUCCGUGUUCCCAAGUCAGCUACAAACUUCAGGUCAUUAAGAUGCCUUUUUACAGUAGAAUAAUGGUAGGAGUUUAGAGCUGUUGCUCUGUGCAACAACCCUGAGUUUCUGGUAAAACUGCUGCUGCAUCAUUAGAACAUUUCAAUUCGUGUCUUGACAUUUGUUUUUUUUUCUCUCAUUUCAUUGACGUGGAAAAGACCUUCUCUCUCAGACCACAUCUCUGAGACUUGGUAGUUUCUCGUCCGUGUAUUUUGAAUACGCAGAGGGGGUUGAGACAUUCCUUGUGUCUGAGAUCCGGGAGUCACACGUGUAUUGAGUUUGUUUCUCAUUAAAGCAGCUGCUAGUCUCACAGGCCCGUGCCCUUCGUUGGUUCAAGGUGGCACCCGGUCUGUGGUGAAAUCCAUGGCUUCUUCACAGUAAGACCAGCUUUCUGGUCUUCGAAGACAUGUGGACGCACGAGGUUAGAUAUUCCACGUGACCAUAACUGCACAACUAUUUUUCCUUUAUCAUUUAAGAUCGCACGGAAUUUUGGAACAUCGCUAAACUUAACGAUGUUUCAGUUGGAGUUUUGAGUUUUCUGUUCUGAAAAAAAUAACUUGCUCCCAAACCGAUUGAAUUUUAACUAAAAAAAAAUUCUGCACGAUCUUAAAUUUUAGGACACACGCUGACGUAUGCUGACUGGAAUUUCAACCCUUCAGUGGUUUCGAUAAGGGUUUUAUAAACUGACAAACACGUGUGUGUGUGUGUGUAUAUGAAAAACCUUUUUAACUGGACGCACAAGAUAGUUUAAUCACAAAAAAAUGAAUGCUUCUAACAUUUUGGAUCUGUUUUGCAAUGAAGUCUGCCGAUUGGUGCAGCUUCAUUUGCAGGUAAUGCACUUAAAUGAAAACUGUGUAUCAGUCACUGUGCACUGGGUUAGUAUUAUCUGAAGGAUUUGAUCUUUAACCUGAAAUUAUAUUUACUGGACUCUAUUGGUGGACAGAAUUCUCUUGUCAGAUUUGCUUUAAAAGCAUAUUUUAUUCACUACAAUCAAACGUUUGCAGCCUUUUUUGUGUGAUGCCUCGUUUAAUGUAUGCAGGAAGGAAAUCAAAGUGCUGAGAUAAUAGUCAACUCCCUGAUUGUGAGUUUAUAUAAUCUAAAAGUUCAUGCGCACCAGUACAUUGAAUCUCUAGCUCAUUUCUGCAGAGAAAAUGGGGCUGUCUUAUCAGAUAUUUUGACAAGGAAUGGCAAGUUACUUUAUUGGAGCUGUGGACUGGUAGACUACAUACACACAGCAAUGCUCAGAUUUAACUGCGCAAAGGGUCUCGAAGGCCGCACACAGAAGAGGAAAUUGGGAGUUUGUCGCUCAUGCACCUGAUAGUGUCUGCUGGAGGCCACGGGAAGAGAUCCGGGUCGAGUGCUCCAGCACCUCUUCAGUGGCAGGGAAAAGACUACACAGUCGGGUAAAUUGAAGAGCAAAAGUAUAAGCUCCCAUUUUAAAAUGCACCCACAGCCGGUCUUGGGCAGUUAGACUGACCUCAUUGACUACCUUUCCCAGUGAUAUGAUUAAAACAUCAGGUUACAUAUUCACUGUCAGUUGAGUUGAUUUGUGUGAAAGUCCGCCUCUGAGCUUCCUUUAGCAAAUGAACAGAACAGUACUUAAUGGUGUGAAUGAAAAUGGAAGCUUUGUUUGCUUUAACCAUUGUUUAUUGGGAAACUAAAUUCCCUAUGAAUAUUUCAGGUCAGAUUCAAUAGCCCCUUUUGUGUAAACACCUAAAAUAUAAACUAACCAGUUAAUAUCCUGCUGUCUAUUAGGUACAGCGCAAUCCUUUGCUGUGUCUCUUUAAAUUUGUGUAGUCAGGUUUGGGCUUCAGAUAUGUACACUUACAGUAGUUUGAAAUGAGCAUUUAACUCCACUAAACCCCAAUGCAUUAGGUUACAAUAUGUCCUUAAACAAAACUUAAACCUUGUUACAGCUUGUAAGAAUAAAUAUUUUUGUAUAACUGGG